AAUGUGCGACGCAGUUUACUCAGAUCCCCACGCGUGUUUGGAUCGGCCUCAGAAAGUUUGACACUAGGCGGUUUUCUUAGUGUUCGGUUGAUUUGAGCCCGGGGUGAUGGGGGACCGGAGCCGGCUGUGCUCCGUGUGGCUGGGCUCGGAGACCGGCAUCCUAAAGGGGGUCAGUCUGUCCCGGAAACAGGCCUUCAACUUCUGCAACAUGAGCCACCUGAGCCGCGAGCAGGAGGUCCGCGCGCUGUGCUGGGGGGACCCGGCGGAGAGCGAGCUGCUGGUGGGCUCCGUGGACGGAAGCGUCAAGACCUUCAGCGUCGAGAAGGGCUCUUUCACGGAGACCCGGCGCUGCGGAGACCCGGCCGACGGCUGCUUCAGCGGCCUGGCCGUCCUCAGCGGCUCCGCGCUGGUCACCUGCGUGGAGUCCGGGACGGUGCGGGUGUGGAGGGAGGACAGCGGAGAGCCGGUGACCGAGCUGCACGCGGGGAAGAACGUCAGCAGGAUGCGGCAGAGUCCGGUACACCGGCACAAAGUCGGGACCGGCGGGAAGGAGAACGGGCUGAAGAUCUGGGACCUGGAGAAGCCCGAGCAGCCCGUGUUCACCGCCAAAAACCUCCGGGACGACUGGCUGGACCUGCGCCAGCCCUACUGGGUCCGGGACCUGGCCUUCAUCCCGGACUCCGACCGAGUGGUCACCUGUUCGGGAUACCACCAGGUCCACGUGUUUGACCCGUCCACCCCUCAGCGGCGCCCCGUCCUCCAGCUCAGCUUCGGCGAGUACCCCCUCACAGCUCUGUCCCUGGCCCCCGGUGGGAACACGGUGGUGGUGGGGAACACCCACGGUCAGGUGGCCAUGCUGGACCUGAGGACGGGCCUGGUGUGUGGGGCUCUGAAGGGGCUGUCGGGCGGCGUGCGAGGCCUUCAGUGCCACCCCUCUCAGCCCGUGGUGGCGUCCUGUGGCCUCGACCGCUUCCUGCGCAUCCACAGCCUGGACGACCGCCGCCUGCAGCACAAGGUCUAUCUGAAGUCUCGGCUCAACUGCCUCCUGCUCGCCAGCCGAGACCCGGAGGACAAAGGCACCGUGGACGGCAUCUGCCAGGAGGUGAAGGAGGAGGACGAGGAGGAGGACGAAGUGUGGGACACCAUGGAGCGAGUCGGGGACACGGGGGAGCAGAUGAAGAGGAAAAGCACCGAGGAGGAGGAGGGUGAACAACAGCAGAAGAAGAAGAGCAAAAUGAAAAGAAAGAAGGGACAGGACUGAGCGGGGGGUUUGGGGUGUGAUCAGAAUGUAGGACAUUUGAGCGCUGAUGGUCUCAAACACAUGAACAGUGAAAGCGUGUGAGGCUCUGAUGGACAGCAGCCGGUGGUCCCAUCAGUCCAACUGUAUUCACAACACACGUUAUUCAAACAAACUGUAACCGAAUAUUAAUGAAGUGACGACACAUGAGGACAGAUUCUAACUGGUACUCAUCACAGAUAAGGGUUUGAUGUUUUUCACAUUGAAAUCUCACUUUUAUAUUCUGUCAAACUUUCCAUAUGAUGUAAAUAUUAAAGGCUGCCUGUCGUCACUGGA